AUGAUCGAAGCCGUUUCCUUCCGCGCCUGGGCAGAAGAAGCCUUUGGCAUCUGGACCGAAUGGCGACACGUAUACCCACCUCGCUCUGCAUCUGCCAACUUGCUGCGUGAGAUUAGAGACAACUACUGGCUUGUCAACAUCAUCCAUCAUGACUUUACCGAGACGAAUGGACUAUGGCAGAUGCUUUUGGAUGCAUAA